AUGGCGGCGACCCAAGGGACUCUCCCAUGGACAGUGACUCUCCCAGGGACAGCAGGGCUCCCAAGGGCCAUCCCAGGGACGGCAGCAUCCCCCAAGGACCCUGUCAGGGACGAUGGCACCCUCAGGGGCCCUGCCAGGGAUGGCAGCACCCCGAGAGGCACUCCUAGGGGCAGUGCUGACACCAGGGACCGUAAGAAGGGCCUUCAGGGGCCCUAUGCGUCUCUAGGGCCCCCAGGGGCCCUCCCAAAAACGGUGGCAGUCCCAGGGACGGCAGCGCCCCCAGAGGCCCUCCUAGUGAUAGCUGCGAACCCAGGGGCUCUGCCAGUGACGGUGGCACUCCCAAGGGCUGUGCCAGGGGUGGUGGUGCCCCCAGGGGCCCUCCCAGAUAUGGUUGAGCUCCCAGGGGCCCUGCCAGGAGAGCUGGCGCCCCCUGGGGCUCUUCCAGAGACAGCAGGGCUCCGAAGGGCCAUCCCAGGGACGGCAGCAUCGACAGAGACCCUGGCAGGGACGGUGGCGGCCUUAGGAGCUCUCCCAGGGACAGCGGCGGUUCCAGGAGGCCCUCCCAGGGGUGGGGCCGACCCCAGGGACCGUAAGAAAGCUCUAUAUAGCGCAAAAAUUACUACAAAUAGUGGCCCUCCCAGAAACAGCGGUGCUCCCAGGGGUCCUCACAGGGGCGGCAGUGCCCUAAACGGCCCUGCCAGCGUCUCUAGGGGGCCUUCUCAGAAACGAUGGCAGUCCCAGGGACGGCAGCGCCCCCCAGAGGCCCUCCCUGUGAUAGCUGCAAACCCAGGGGCUCUGCCAGUGACGGCGGCGCUCCCAAAGGCUGUGCCAGGGGUGGUGGUACCCCCAGGGGCCCUCCCAGAUAUGGCUGAGCUCCCAGGGGCCCUGCCAGGAGAGUUGGUGCCUCCUGGGGCUCUUCCUGAUACAGUAGGGCUCCCAAGGGCCAUCCCAGGGAUGGCAGUGUCACCAGAGACCCUGGCAGGGAGGGUGGCGCCCUUAGGGACUCUCCCAGGGACAGCGGCGCGAGCAGCAGCAAACCCGGGGUGGCGCCGACCCCAGGGACCAGCUCAAAAUAGCGCAAAAACUACUGCAAAUAGGGGCCCUCCCAGCAAAGGCGGCGUUGUCAGGGGCCCUCACACGGGCAGCAGCGCCCCCAAAGGCCCUGCAAAAGUCUCUAUGGCCCCAGGGGCCCUGCCAGAAACGUCAGUACUCCCAGGAAUGGCAGCACCCCCAGUGGUCCUCCCAGAUACGGCUGAACUCCUAGGGGCCCUGCCAGGAGAGCUGGCGCCCCCUGGGGCUCUUCCAGAGACAACAGGACUCCCAAGGGCCAUCCCACGGACGGCAGCAUUCCCAGAGACCCUGGCAGGGGCGGUGGUGCCCUUAGGGGUUCUCCCAGGGACAGCGGCACGAGCAGGGGCCUCCGAGGGGUGGAGCCGACCCCAGGGACCGUUACCCCAAGGUUACUCCCAGGGACAGCGUUGCUCCCACGUGCCUUCACAGGGACGUCAACGCCCCCAGGGGCCCUGCCAGGAGUGCUGGCGCCCCAAGGUGCUCUUCCAAGGACAUCGGGGCUCUCCCAGAAAAGGCAACAGUGUCAGGGGACCUCACAGGGGGGACAGCGCCCCCAAAGGCCCUGCAAAAGUCUCUAUAGCCCCCUGGGGCCCUCCUAGAAACGGCGGUACUCCCCGGAAUGGUGGCGCCCCCACAGGUCCUCCCAGCCAUAGCGGCGACCCCAGGGGCUCUGCCAGUGAUGGCGGCGCUCCCAAGGGCGGUGCUAGAAGCAGUGGCGCCCCCAGAGGCACUACCGGAAACUGCUGCGCUCCCAGGCCCCUGCCAGGAGAGCUGGCGACCCCAGGGGCUCUUAAAGACUCUCCCAGGGGCGGUGGCGCCCUAAGGGGCCCUGACAGGGACGUCAUCAACCCCGGGGCAUCUCCCAGGGACAGCGGCGCUACCAGGGGCCGUCUCAUGGGUGGCGCCGAUCCCAGGGACCGUAAGAAGUGUCUCAAGGGGCCCUAUGAGGCCCUCCCAGAAACGGCUGCAUUGUCAGGGGCCCUCACAGGGGGUGCAGCGCCCCCAAAGGCCCUGCAAAAGUCUCUAUGGCCCCCAGGGGGCCUCCCAGAAACGGCGGUACUUCCAGGAACGGCGGUGCCCCCAGAGGUCUUCCCAGCCAUGGCGGCGUCCCCAGAGGCUCUGCCAGUAAUGGCGGCGCUCCCAAGGGUGGUGCUGGAAGCGGUGGCGCCCCCAGAGGCACCCCCAGAAUCGGCUGCGUUCCCAGGCCCCUGCCAGGAGAGCUGGCGACCCCAGGGGCUUUUAAAGUGGCCUUCCCAGAAACGGACGUGCUCCCAGGGACCCUGCCAGGAGCGGUGGCAACCCCGAGGCCCUCUCAGGGAUAGCGGUGCCCCCAUAGACUCUCCCAGGGGCAGUGGCGCCCUAAGGGGCCCUGAUAGGGACGUCAUCGGUCCCGGGGGAUCUCCCAGGGACAGCGACGCUACCAGGGGCCGUCCCAGGGGUGGCGCCGAUGCCUGUGACCAUAAGAAGUGUGACAAGGGACCCGAUGGGGCCCUCACUGGGGCUGCAGCACCUCCACAGGCUCUCACUGGGGCGGCAGCGCCUCCAAACGCCCUGCCAGGAUCACUAGGGCCCCCAGGGGCCCUCCCAGAAACGGCGGCAGCCCCAGGGAUGGCGGCGCCCCCACAGGCCCUGCCAGUGAUGGCUGCAAACUCAGGGGCUCUGCCAGUGUCGGUGGCGCUCCCAAGGGCAGUGCAAGGGAUGGUGGUGCCCCCAGGGGCCCUCCGAGAUAUGGUUUAG